AACAACAGUUACAAAAGUUUAUGUCUUCAUCCGCAUUAACAGUGCAGGGACAGUCCUGCCCUGCUCCUCUGAACAGCUGGGAACAAAGACGUGGAUGGAUCAAGUUUACAGAUGGACCAAGGACACUGGGCAGGAAAUUCAAGAUUCCAAAUAUUGCUCCAUACUGGAGAAUGGAUCCCUAGCCUUCAAGGACUUUGGCCCAGAGCAGUCUGGAAUCUACAAAUGCAGUGUCUCCUAUUCCAAAGAGGACAAGCGCUACACAAAGCACUUCCAUUUCUUUGUCAGGGCUUAUCACAGGCCAGACAGGAGUGUGGAGAUCCAGUCUGCCUUUUACUCUCCUCUCUGCAGCUCAGCAACCAACAGCAUCUACAUCCAUAGCUUUCUGGAGCAUUUGAAUGGGCUAGUGAGGAAUCUCAGCUGUGAGGUCUUUGAAAAAUACACUAAGUGCAUCUGGCCCUUGCAGGAAAGGAACGACUCUGAAGUGUGGAUGACUGUGCUGAUGUUUCCUUAUGGAGUCAUGUGGGAAAUUCAUUGCCCGCCAGAAAGUAUGAGCAAAAACUGUGAACAAGACAUUGAGGAUCGCUCUAAAGAGACAUGUCACUUUUACAAUGAGCUGCAUAGGAUUCUUGGCAGUGACUCAACCAGUAGCCCAAAAUGCAGCAUGAAUACCUCCUCAGGCAACAAUGAGGAGGACAUUGUGGAUGAGGAAGAGCAGUAUGAGGAGAAUGGGAGACAGGCUGGAUUUGAAUCAACAGUGAGUGCCCAGAGCCAGGGGAAAGAGGGCAUUCACCUGACCUGA